AUGGCUAAAGACAAUGGGGGAAAUAACGAACGACAGCUGUUCCAUGGAACCGACGCUAAAAACAUACGUGCAAUAAACGCAAAGGGAUUUAAUAGGAGUUUUAGUCGGGCACUGUGGUUAGUACAAUUCUAGGAAAGAAGUGUACUCGAGCUGAUGGCUAAUUCAAUUCACGACUUUAUAAAAGAGUUUUUCCUUGGGACGCAAAACCAAUCAUCUGAGUUAAAAUGUCUAUAAUUUUCUAUUUCUUCCAAAUCUGCCCAUGUUCAUGUGAUCACACUUUUUUGAAGGACACGUCCAUUACAGAUCGAGCAAAAUGUAACGUUAUUGCAAAAUUUAUAGCUUGCACAGCAGGCGCUGGUCUUUUUAGGGCGAAGGGAGAAUUCUGAGGACACACGCUGGCACAAGGGGAGCAACACAUGCUUCGUCAGGUAGAUUUGACCUUUGGACUCAAUACAUUUCUCGUUUGUUUUUUGUUUAAAAGUAUCGAUACUUUUUUCUCCAAACCUUGUUCGUGUUGAUGAGGUAAACACCCACUCACCAGUACAAUUGCUAACAUCACCUGCUACUUCACCUGGUACUUUUUAAGACGGGUAUGUUUAUCUCAUUUUUGGAAAAGAGGAAGGCAGAGCAUUAUCAUAACUCUGUAACUAACAACUAACAUUUCUUUUUUUCCACGAUCAGCUUACGGACGUGGUGUAUAUUUUGCCAAAGAUACAUCUUUCUCAGUAAGAUAUACAGGGGGUGCCGGAAUAGGGGCUCAUUACGUUUAUCUUGCCCGAGUUCUGGUCGGGAAAUACUGUCUAGGCUCGAUUUCCAUGGAGCCGGGUUGA